AUGUGGUGGCCAGGGCGGAGGAGCGGGCAGGACGUGAAGUGGCUGCAGGAGGUGCGGCGGGCGGGUACGGUGGCGGACAGGGUGGCGGCCAUGACGCUGCUGCUGCAGGAAUCGGCGGUGGCCAACCUGCGCUCCCUCGAUGAGCUCCUGCGCUGGGUCGGCAAGAGCAGCGGCGCGCGGGCGGUCGCCGGCCAGGCAAUCGACGCGCUGAGGGAGAUCUUCAUCGCCGCCCUGCUCCCGGACAGAAAGCUUAAGUUCUUUGAGGAGCAGCCUAUCGCAGCGGUGCCUGACAACAAGGAGGGCAUGCGCCGUCUGCUGUACUUCUACGUGGAGGACCAGAUCAAGCGCAGGUAUGCAGCAUUUGUUGGAAUGCUGGAGGAGGCGAGCCGGGAGAACCUGGAGUUUCUGAAGGACAAGACGCUGAAGGCCAUUGCCACGCUGCUGGCUGCCAAGCCGGAGCAGGAGGCACAUCUGCUGGCUGCACUUGUCAACAAGCUGGGCGACCCCUCCCGGAAGCUGGCCUCCAAGGCGGGCUAUUUGCUGAGGGGAGUUCUGGAGGAGCACCCGGCGAUGAAGGUGGUGAUGGCGCGGGAGGUGGAGCGCUUCCUGUUCCGGCCGGGCCUGCAGGAGCGUGCGCGCUACUACGGCGUCAUCUUCCUCAACCAGAUGCCCCUCUCCCACAACGCCUCAGAAGGCAAUACCCUUUCCUACGCUCUGGCGCAGAAGCUCGUGGACAUAUACUUCACGCUGUUCAAGCUGAUCCUGGAGGGCAAGCUGGGCCACGGCAGCGAGCUGGUGGAUGCGAGGAUGCUGGGUGCGCUGCUGGCGGGCGUGCGGCGCGCGUUCCCUUACGUGCACGGCGACGCGUCGGAGGGCGUUGCCUCGCACCACGCGGACGCGCUCUUCCGCGUGCUGCACACCGCGCCGCUGGGCGUGGCCGUCCAGGCCCUCGCGCUCCUCUUCCAGCUCCUCUCCGCGCGCUCCGCCGUCUCCGACCGCUUCUACAGGUGCUGUACACCACGCAUCUGUCCUGCUAAUACUGUCCUCCCCAAGCCCGCCUGCCCGCAUGUCAGCAGUCUUCAAGCUGCCAAGCAUAGCUCCCAUGGCAUGGGCGUCGCGGUCUGA